AGAUUUUUGAUUAGAUUCAUCUGUUUAUUUUUAGCCGGCAGGGGUACUGUUUAUUGAUAACUUCCAGAUAUUUGAAAUGAUUGAGAUCACGGUGAACGAUCGGCUAGGAAAGAAAGUCCGGAUUAAAUGCAACCCGAACGAUACGAUUGGUGACUUAAAAAAACUUAUCGCUGCACAAACCGGUACGCGGUACGAAAAAAUAGUGCUAAAGAAGUGGUAUACGAUUUACAAGGACCAUAUAACACUGCAGGAUUAUGAGAUACAUGAUGGUUUCAAUUUUGAAUUAUACUAUCAAUAAUGUCUAUGUUUCGAGUGUUACAAUCAGUGCUAUUUGUAUUCUGCCUAUUGUUUUUACUUAUGUUUGUUCCCACACUGUACAGUUGAAUAAAUUAUUUGAUAGGCAGC